ACCAGUAGUACAUCUACAACGGCCACCACGACGAGUACCACUAAACGCCAACAACAACGACGGCAUAGUAAAACACCAACGAUUGCCGUGAUACCUGUGCAGCGGACUAGGUCGGCUCAGCUUGCUGCCUUUGGCUGCUCAAGUCCGUCCGCAGAAUGGUCGCGGACGGCCUCGACCGCUGCGGGCGGGCGCUACAGCGACCGUAACAACAGCAGCAGCACUGGACUUUCGAUAGCGGCGACAGCAGCAACAACAGCAACGAAGGAAACUUCAAAUUUCAAGCCGUCCUGUUUACCAACAGUAAAAUGUUCGCCCUCAUCGAGAGCGACCUCGACGAAGACGCUAGCGUUAUCGACGACGCAGACGCAACCUCAAUCGUCACCGCCGGCGCCGUCACCGUUGCCGCCCAUCGUAACCUCUAGGGCACCCUCGCUUACGCGCCGACUCAGCCUGAUGUGGAUCUACCUGCUGCUCGUAGCCUCCAGCGCCACGCACCGAUCGCACGCCAAAACACCCACCCAGAAGCCCAUCAUUAAAAUAGGAGCUCUGUUCAGUGAGGAGCUGAAAGGCAGUUCAGCAGAAUUGGCCUUUAAAUACGCGGUGAUGCGAAUCAAUAAAGACCGAUCGCUCCUGCCUAAUGUCACGUUCCAGUAUGACAUACAGUACGUACCCAAAGGGAACAGCUUUCGAGCCGCCAAAAUGGCGUGUCAGCUGAUCUCGCAAGGAGCUGCGACGAUAUUCGGGCCAUCCGAUCCUGUCGUGGGCGGACACAUUCAAUCGCUGGCCGACUCACUCGACAUCCCCCAUAUCGAAUCGCGGCUUGAUCUCGAGACCGAUGUUAAAGAUUUUUCAAUCAAUCUUCACCCCGACCCGCAGGUGAUGGGCAACUCUCUCAAGGAUCUCGUGUCUUACCUCAACUGGACCAAGAUUGCCGUCCUCUACCAGGACGAUAUUUCGCUGAUCAACCUUCAGGAGCUCGUGCGGCCGUUCCCGCCGAAAAACGUAGAGUACCAGUUUCGGCGAGCGGAUAACUUCACUGCUACCUUGCUAGAUAUCCGCAGCAGAGGAAUUUACUCGAUGAUCGUUGACGUCCGACCUGAGAACCUCACUGCCUUUCUUAGAGCUAUUCUUCAAAUUCAAAUGAAUGAUUAUAAAUAUCAUUAUCAUUUUGCUACUUACGACAUCGAAGCGUUCAACCUAGAAGACUUUCAAUACAACUUUGUAAAUAUUACCGCGUUUCGUAUGGUAGACUCCGAGAACGAGACGGUACGAGCUAUCCUAAACGACAUGGAAAAGUUCACUCCGUACGGUCAAAAUAUUCUUAAUAAGACUAACGUCAUAACUACGGAGGCGGCAUUGACUUAUGACGCGGUCUAUGCGUUCGCACAUGGUAUGAACGAUUUGAGCCGCGCCACAGCAGCACAGCUUCGACCCAGCAACGUCUCCUGUGGCGAUGGACUUUCGUGGGCCGAAGGAACCUCGCUCUUCAACCUCAUCUCCAUGGUCGACUACUAUGGACUCACAGGAAAUAUAAGAUUCAACGAAGGCAAUAGAACAAGCUUAAAGCUCGAUCUACUCAAGCUUCGCCAAGACCGUCUGGUCAAGGUUGGAGAGUGGACGUCUCAGCGUAGACUGAAUAUUGUCAACCACGGAGCCUUCCACGACUUCGGAAGCACGAAUAUCACACUACGAGUUACCACUAUCGAGUCAGUGCCAUUCAUGAUGCCGAAGAAGCAAAAGGCCGUCGUCGGCGCGGCAGCCCCCGGAGAGGAGGCGUCCGCGGGCGGCGGACCAAGGGCGGGGGCGCACCGCGAGGGAGCAGCUGCCGCCGGUGCUGUCGGCAUCAGCAGCAGCGGUAGCAGUGCCCUCGGGGGCGGUGGCGCCGCAGCCGGAGGCACCCCUGGCGGCUAUGGAGGCCACCACGGUGCCUAUCAUCAUCAUCAUCAUCAUCAUCAAGCACACAGCAGCAACAGCACGGGGAACAUCUAUGAGGACUACGAAGGAUACAUCAUGGACCUGCUGAAGAUCUUGGCCGAGCAACUCGGCUUCCACUACGACCUCUAUUUAGUGCCUGAUAACAAGUUCGGGGUCAUGAACACCAGCACACAAGAGUGGAACGGCAUGGUCAGAGAGAUCAUAGAAAAGAAUGCAGAUCUUGCCGUCGCUCCGAUGACGAUCAACUUCGCUCGUGAAAGUGUGAUCGACUUCACGAAGCCAUUUAUGAACCUUGGAAUUCAAAUCUUGUUCAAGCUGCCUAGCGGGAUGCCGGUGAAGCUGUUUUCCUUUAUGAGCCCUCUAGAUACGUACAUUUGGAUGUACGUCCUCUGCGCGUAUGUCCUCGUCUCGUGCACCAUGUUCCUCGUGGCGCGUUUCUCGCCCUACGAGUGGAAGGACCCUCACCCGUGUGUCAAAGAAUCCGGACUCAUGGAGAACCAAUUCAGCCUGGGCAAUAGUUUUUGGUUCACGAUCGUGACUCUGAUGCAUCAGGGUUGCGAUUUGAACCCGAAGGCAACAUCGACACGAAUGGUAGGCACCAUCUGGUGGUUCUUUACGCUCAUUUUGAUCUCGUCGUAUACAGCCAAUUUGGCGGCCUUCCUCACCGUCGAGCGCAUGAUCACUCCGAUCGAGUCCGUUGAAGAUCUUGCCGAUCAAUCCAAAAUUGCUUAUGGAACACUCGACUCCGGAUCAACGAUGACUUUCUUUCGCGACUCGAAACUUGAACUCUACCAGAAGAUGUGGAGAUAUAUGAAAAACCGUCCUACCGUAUUUGUGAGCACGUACGAAGAGGGCGUCGAGAAGGUUCUCGAAGGCAACUAUGCAUUCCUCAUGGAGUCCACGAUGUUGGACUAUAAGGUACAGCGUGAUUGUAACCUAACGGCCGUCGGUGGCCUACUCGACAAUAAAGGCUAUGGCAUUGGCACCCCUAUCGGGUCGCCAUGGAGAGACAAACUUUCGUUAGCCAUACUCGACCUCCAGGAGAAAGGUGUAACUCAACAGCUAUAUAACAAAUGGUGGAAGUCGCCGGGGCUGACCUGUAGCCGAGAUGAGAAAAACAAAGAGGGCAAAGCAAAUGCCCUUGGCAUCGGCAACAUUGGCGGGGUUUUUGUCGUACUACUCAUCGGCCUCGCCUUCGCCAUUUUAACAGCAAUUUUCGAAUUCAUCUGGAACGCUCGGAAUAAUUCUCAGGUCGAUAGGCGAUCAUUGUGCACCGAAAUGGCCAAUGAACUUCGGUUUGCCGUCCGAUGUGGCGCCUCGAGACAAAGACCCGCCUUCGAUAGUGGACAUAAUCAUCCCGCCAAGCGGAGAUGCUCAAAGUGCCUACAGGGCAGCACAUUUGUGACCUCAGCGUUGGAUUUGCCAUUCCCACCGCCGCCUCCGUUUCCGGGCCACGCCGGCCACGGGAUUCGUGAAAACGGGCCUAUUUGUGUGGGCAUCGGAGGCGGUUCGUGUAGUGGUCCAGGGCUGGCGCGACCUCCUUCGCCAUACGAUUACGAUGACACCUAGCAUCAGGCCCUGGAGGUCGACAGCAGCGUCGCUUCCACCUCCAACUAUGAGAUCAACCCACAACAACAAGCAGCCCACGCUCAUCAUGUGGCCUCGCAAGGAACGACGACUUGCAGUCAGCAAGACGGGCGCUUUGCUACGAUACCUCGUCGCGGCUCGAUGACCUCCUUUGGGCCUUACUGUGUGAACACCGAUGCCAUCCUUUCACAGCCUAGUGUUGGCGCUGUUACUGCUGGAGGCGCCACGCGUUGUCUUUGUGCCCAUCCUGCGCCAGCAUCCCAACCGCCCAUAACAGC